AUGGUAUUUAUACCCAGACUCUUGAAGCUCUCUACUUUUCAAAAUUUCAGGCUACAACAUGCAAAAGAUAUUGUCCUCAUCUCCAUCUUCAUGCUCUACCAUCAUCUCCAUCUACUCAUCAAAUCCUGUACAGAUUACUGUUAUUCCUCUAAACUUGAAAGUACUACCAAUGAUCAUGAUGAUCAUCUGCCUGAUCAGGAGCAAGUUACUGUUUCUACUCUGUCGCAGCUGCCACUUCAGUCCUUGGAGUUGGAGAAGCAAAUUCCGGCGAUGGAGUAUUGUUUGUUUCUCAAGAAAACAGGCAAGGAUAAUGAUCAAGAGAAGGAGUGUGUUUGCAUAGUUUGCAUGAAUCGCAUUGAGAGAAAGCACGAAGUUAGAAUGCUCUGUAAUUGUUGUCAUGUGUUUCAGAGGGCGUGUAUGGAUAGUUGGAUCGGUGAGGGCAAAAGAACAUGUCCUCUUUGCAGAUCAAAGUUGUUGGGCCAUGGAGGUCAAGAAGAAGAUGAUCAUGAACAGGUUGGGUUUGGAGGCGAUUUAUGGAGAGUGGAAGAGAUGUUUGCCCUGUUUGAUGAUGAUUUUUUCAUGGGUCAUUAA